AUGGCGGAACCCUCAACCAAGCGGCAGAAGACAGGCCCCAAGCCCACUUCUUCGAACGCUUCAACAGGCCCUCAGAUCACCGAUCCUCGCUUCGCAAAUAUCCAAUCCGACCCUCGAUACCGUCUACCAGGCAAGAAAGACAAAGUCAAAGUCGACAAGCGAUUCAGUCGGGCUCUGCAAGACGAAGAUUUUACACGGAGAGCCAAAGUCGACCGCUAUGGUCGACCCAUUGCGUCCGACACAGAAAGGAGCAGAUUAAAAAGAAAAUAUGAUUUCGAAGUCGAAGACGAAGACGAAAACGAGGAGAAAGGCCUCGAAGUGGAGGCACGCGAUGAGGCAGAUGACGAUGACAAGGUCGAAGAGGAGCUUAGCCGCGUGAACAAAAUUCACGACCCGUUGCGAGAAGGCAGAGACACUGAAUCGUCGUCAUCAGAUGAGAGCACUUCAAGCGAUGAAGACUCGGAGGAGGAAGAAGAAGACGAAGAAGUAGACCUCGGCGCGGAAGCCGGCAUUGGACCGGGCCAACAGACAGAUGUACCUACUGGCGAGGUCACAUCACGUAUCGCCAUUGUCAAUCUGGACUGGGACAAUAUCCGCGCGACAGAUCUGAUGGCCGUCUUCAACAGCUUCUUACCACCUUCCGGCUCGCUUCUCAAGGUGGCCAUCUACCCGAGCGAGUUUGGAAAAGAACGGCUAGAACGUGAAGAGUUGGAAGGCCCGCCCAAAGAGAUCUUCGCCAACAAUCCGAAGGAGGAUGAGAACGUCGAUGAGGAAGAAGAGGAUGAAGAUGCCAUCAAGAAAUCCAUUCUCAAAUCUGACGACGGCGCCGACUUUGAUUCCAAGGCCCUUCGGCGCUACCAACUAGAACGUCUCCGCUACUUCUACUGCAUCCUGACGUUCUCCUCUCCUGGGGUGGCCAAACAUAUCUACGACGCCGUCGACGGGACCGAGUACCAGCGGACAGCCAACUUCUUCGACCUCCGCUUCGUGCCGGACGAGACAGAUUUCUCUGACGACGUGCCCCGAGAGGAAUGCGACAGGAUUCCUGAUGACUACCGGCCGAACGACUUUGUCACGGAUGCCCUGCAGCAUAGUAAAGUCAAAUUGACGUGGGACGCAGAGGACAAGACCCGGAAAGAAGUAGUGGCGCGGGCAUUCAAGGGUAGCCGGAAAGAGAUCGAAGAAAACGACUUGAAAGCGUAUCUUGGCUCCGACACUUCUGAAGACGAGGAUGAGCCUGAAGAUGCUGAGGGCACAGGUACGUCCAUGUCUAAGAAGGAAGCGGAAAGACAGCGAAUGCGAGCACUUCUUGGUCUGGCGCCUGAGCCGGAGAAGAAAUCCAAGAAGGAAAAGGCGCCCGUCGGAGACAUGCAGAUCACGUUCACAUCCGGCUUAGCACAGACAAAUGCGAAGGGCAAAAAGCGAUCAGUGUUUGAAAACUCGCCGGAACCCGAAGAGACGACUAUGGAGAAAUAUAUCCGCAAAGAGCGCGAGAGGAAACAGAGGCGGAAAGAGAAGCGGAAGGCGGUCAGACAAGGCCACGAUGCAGACGCCUCCGCCGACACCGACGAAGAUGUCACUGUCGCGGCGAAACCUGGAGCUGCUGCUGGCGCCGACCACGACGACGCGGACCAGGGAGCAGACCUCGGAUUUGACGACCCCUUCUUCGCCGACGAUCCGUCCGCCAAGUCCGACCGGGCAGCCGGCACUAAGAUGCGCAAAGAAGAGCGGAUGAAGAAGAAGCGCGAGCGCGAGGCCGAAGAAGAGGCCGAGCGCAAGCAGCGUGCUGAACUGGAACUGCUGAUGGUCGACGAUGCCGUCGGGGCCGACGACGGUGCGCCCAAGAUCCGCCACUUUGAUAUGAAAGAGAUUGAAAAGGCCGAGAAACUGGCCCGCAAGAAGAGCAAGGCCAAAGACAAGAAGCGAAAGGACAAGACCGACACCGGCACCACCGCCGCCAAUGACGCCGAAGACGCGUUCAAAGUCGACACUUCCGAUCCACGCUUCGGCCGACUCUUCACGAGCCACGAGUACGCCAUCGACCCGACGAACCCCCGCUUCAAGGGCACCAAGGCCAUGAAGACGCUGUUGGAGGAAAGCCGCAAGCUGAAACACAAGAGCCUCCCCGCCACCCCGGGACAGGACGGACACGACAAGCGUGGGCAGAGACAGAACGCGGCGGAUGAUGCGUCGGGAGACGUCAAGAGUCUGGUUGAGAAGAUCAAACAACGGCAGACCAAAAAGUAA